AUGAAGAAUUUUAAAGAAAUUGCAAUAAGAUUUUUCCAGCAAGGAAAAAUUGUGGAGAAAAAUAAAGGCAUCAUGGUAGCUAAUGCUUUGACUUUGAUGAAAGUUAAACAACUGAAGAAACUAUGCUAUGACUACUAUGAGAUUCUCUAUUUUUCGUCCCUUGAUCCCCUGUAUGUUAAAAGAGGGGAAGAAGAUGCUGCGUAUGAAAUGAGAAAGAGGAAAUCUAGAUGUGUUGCAAUGUUAAUAGCUGAGCGUGUUCUAUUGGAGAUAUUAUUCUUUCUUUUUGCUUUUUUUAUCUAUUAUAAAAAGAUAUGUCCAUCUCAAGAGUACAGUGAUCCCCAGUUAAUCGAUGCUAAAUGUUUAGGUUCCACGGACAAUGUUGGAGAUGGGGAUGAUUUUGAACUUGAAAGGGUGCAACAGAACAGUAAGUGGGCGUAUCGCAUGGAGGCACUUCCGUCUGUGCUCCGUGAGACAUUCGUGCCUCAUAGAGGCACUUCCGUGCGCGCGCGGAGAUACAUGGGUUCUGUUGGCAAUGAUGUCUCUCUUUCGACGGGAAACUGGUAUCUCACUGAUCGUAUUUCAUACACCAACGAGGAAGAUGGAGGCAAGGAGAAGUGCCUCCAUCCAAGCCCAGCUUUCAUGCCUCCAUCCUGGAUGGAGGUUGAAUGUACCAUACCGAAAGAUGAUGGCACCUUGGCAUCAUUUGUGGGGUUCAGGGUUCAGCAUAACAAUGCGACAGGUCCAAUGAAAGGAGGAAUAAGAUACCGUUCUGAGACUGCUUUUCUCUCCACUUUGGUUGGAGUAGAUGUUGCAGAAGUGGCAGCAUGUGCUGCUUUAGCUGCUUUCUCUGCUCUUGAGGACAUAAAACUUGAAGAGAGUUUGAAAAUUUCCUCUGGUGCUUCCAAACAGCAAGAAGAAUCCAAAGAGACUCCACCUAUACCUCCUGACGCUGUCUCAAUCACUGGUGCUGGAGAAUGA